AUACUGCAACGCGGCUCGGGCAUUUGGUACCACGUGACCUACUGUACUUUCUCCGUUCCCGGCGGCAGCGUGGAUGUCGCAUUCUUGACUCAAAUACAGCCAUGCUUUCCCUAAGAUUAUCCAGCCAUUUAGUCCGAAAUAUCUCUAGAAAUGUUCCCAAGAUCUACCGAGGGGCCUUGGGUGCCGCAGUAACCGCUGGUCGCCAUCUUAGCACAACUGCACCAAGUUAUGCCCAAAGCGCUGGUACUGCUGAGGUUUCCUCCAUCCUUGAGGAGAGGAUCCUUGGGUCAGCCCCAAAAGCGGAACUAGAGGAGACUGGCCGUGUAUUAUCCAUUGGUGAUGGUAUUGCUCGUGUCUAUGGCCUCAAAAACAUCCAGGCGGAAGAGAUGGUGGAGUUCUCCUCUGGACUCAAGGGUAUGGCUCUCAACUUGGAACCUGACAAUGUUGGUGUUGUCGUCUUCGGUAAUGACAGACUAAUCAAAGAGGGUGACAUUGUCAAGAGAACUGGUGCCAUUGUGGACGUGCCAGUUGGUGAGGAACUGCUGGGACGUGUUGUAGAUGCUCUGGGUAACCCCAUUGACGGCAAGGGUCCUACUGGGGGCACACGGGCUAGAGUGGGAGUGAAAGCCCCUGGUAUCAUACCUCGUACUUCUGUCAAGGAACCUAUGUUGACAGGAAUCAAGGCAGUCGAUAGCUUGGUGCCCAUUGGUCGUGGUCAGCGUGAGCUGAUUAUUGGUGACAGACAAACAGGAAAAACAGCAAUUGCCAUUGAUACCAUUAUCAACCAGAAGAGAUUCAAUGAUGGUGUUGAUGAAAAGAAAAAGCUGUACUGCAUCUAUGUUGCCAUUGGACAGAAGAGGAGUACUGUCGCUCAGCUUGUGAAAAGAUUGACUGAUGCUGAUGCCAUGAAGUACACGAUCAUUGUCAGUGCCACUGCUUCAGAUGCUGCACCUCUGCAGUACCUUGCCCCAUAUUCUGGUUGCGCCAUGGGAGAGUUUUUCCGUGAUAACGGCAAACAUGCUCUUAUCAUCUAUGAUGAUUUGUCAAAGCAGGCCGUGGCUUACCGUCAAAUGUCUCUGCUAUUGCGUCGUCCACCCGGUCGUGAGGCAUACCCUGGUGAUGUGUUCUACCUCCACUCUCGUCUCCUUGAGCGUGCUGCCAAGAUGAAUGACUCAAAUGGUGGUGGCUCCCUCACUGCCCUGCCCGUCAUCGAGACCCAAGCUGGUGAUGUGUCUGCCUAUAUCCCCACCAAUGUCAUCUCCAUCACUGAUGGCCAGAUCUUUUUGGAGACUGAGCUGUUCUACAAGGGUAUCCGUCCUGCUAUCAAUGUGGGUCUGUCUGUGAGCAGAGUAGGAUCUGCCGCGCAGACCAAGGCCAUGAAACAGGUUGCUGGAUCAAUGAAGCUAGAGCUUGCCCAGUACCGUGAAGUCGCUGCCUUUGCCCAGUUCGGCUCUGACUUAGAUGCUGCUACCCAGGCUCUGUUGAACCGUGGUGUGCGUCUGACUGAACUGCUCAAACAGGGGCAGUAUGUCCCCAUGGACAUCGCUGAGCAGGUUGCUGUCAUCUACGCAGGUGUCCGAGGCCACCUUGACAAAAUGGACCCCUCCAGAAUAACCACCUUUGAGCAGGCUUUCCUUAAACACAUCCGUGCCACUCAGCAAGAGCUUCUCAAGAACAUCCGCGAGGAGGGCAUGAUCUCGGAGGCCAACGAUGGCAAGCUAAAGCAAAUAGUCACCGAGUUCCUAGCAGCCUUUGAUUAAGUGGGAGUAACUGAAAGUAAUCUUACUUUGACGUGUUAUUAUAAAUAUUUUUACUUCGCUGUGAAGGUUUGGUCGCGAGGUGCAAGUCACGAGUUUGUGUAUUCACCAACCAGCGUGUAGUUUUCCAAUUGAAUAAAAAAAAAAACCUCACUACCA